UAGUAGUGAAUUGAAGGCACUUAAGAUAGCCAACCCACGAGCCUAUUUUUCGCCAUUAAAAUUUAAAAGUUUCAAAAUUGGCGGGGACAAAGGCCGCCGAUUUCCUUCUAAAUCCAUCGUAUACUGUGACUGAAUAACCGAGAAAGAAGAGAGAGAAAGAAGAGGGGAGAAGAGGAAGAGAGAAAAAUGGAUUACAAAUUAGGAGCAUUAAAACUGAUGUGCCAACAAUUGAAGGAAGCCAUACAAACUCCUUCACAAACAUCUUACACUUUCAAAGGCGUUCUUUUCCAACGCGCUUGGCUUCAAGGUAUUCUCAUCUCCGUUCCGGAUCUCAAUCAUGACGACAAUAAAGACGGCGAUGAUUACCGAUCUCGAUAUCUUCUCGAUGAUGGCACUGGCCUUGUGGAAUUGCUCCUCACUCCAGAUUUCCAACAACAAAAUAACUGGUCUAUUGGAAUGUACGUGAUGGUUGUUGGAGCUUACGCUGAUGCUGAAAUUCCUUUGAUUAAGGUGCAUAAGAUAGUGGAUCUUUCAGCACAUCCUAAUAGAGAAGCAAUGUGGUACUUUGAAAUUAUUGAAGCUUGCAGGAUGUUCUACCAGCUUACCGUUGAAGAUUGAACAUUCCGGAGGAAGUUUAAGAGUCCCUUUGUAAAAUGGCUGUUAAACUGUUGGCCGUUUUGAGUGAUAUGCUAAUUGUUUAAGCUACCUUUUAAGCAUAUGUUUGGUAAAAAGUAUGUCAAUAUUGAUAGCUGUUUAUCAAGUAGUGAGUCGGUGAGGAUUAAUUGAGUAUGAGACUUUAUCCGCCUAUCCAUCUUGCCCCAUUACUCCUGUUCAACUUUAUAUUUUUAAAUGAUAUUAUUAUAUAAAUAAGUGGGUUGACCCAACGGGCCAUAAAAUAUAUAUAAAUAACUAUUUUAUGAACUUUUAAAAAAGGGUCAAAGUGGAUCAAAUUUAAACGAGUUUUAACCUGCCCCGCUUCGUUUAACAUUUAACAUGACCCACCCUUUUAAAUUUUAACCCGCCUCGCCCCGGUCCGUUGAACACCUCUAGUCCUGUAUAAGUCAAGGUCUGAAAAAGAUAGGAAAUAAGGCAGAUCAAUUUUCCAUUAUGAGGAGGUUACAACGAAGAG